ACAUCAGCCAUUCCGCUGGGUUUCGCCUCCUCCUCGACACGACUCGGGGCGUGUUCUGUAGCGCAUCGUAGCGCACCAGCAACCCAUCAUGACUACCUCGACCUCGGAUCCGGUGCCCAAGGACAAGCUGCGGCCGCUGUCCAGUGCCACCAAUCUCACCGACUUCACACACUCGACUGUCGAGCCUGAGUCGGAACUGGCCUCGGAUGGAGAAUAUGAUGACCUCGAAGUACAAAGCCUCUCGCCGAGCAUGUACGAGAACGAGAAGAAGUACGGUCGCACCUACCACAGCUUUCACGCCGGAGCCUACCCAUUCCCAAAUGACGAGCCAGAGAUAUACCGCUUGGACUGGCAACAUGCCAUUAUUAAAUGUCUUCUGCACAGACGGAACUACUUCGCACCGCUCAAGCCAAAGAAGCCAAAGAGAAUGUUGGACAUUGGCUGUGGCACCGGAAUCUGGUGUUUUGAGAUGGCUGCCGAAUUCCCAAACUGCCGGGUUGAAGGCAUUGACUUGACACCGAUCCAGCGAAAAAUAUCCUACACAAACAUCGAUUUCUACAUGGAAGACAUCCUCAGCCCAACAUGGUGGUAUCCCAAAGAAGAACCUUAUAUAUACGACUACAUCCACACACGCAUGUCCCUCGGCAUCUUCAACGACUUUCGAGAAAUUAUACAGAAGAGUUAUAACAACCUGAGACCUGGCGGGUGGAUGGAAUCUCAGGAAUGGUUUUCAAAGCUCCAAUGUGCCGACGACAUGCCCGAAGACUAUCCGCUCAAAGAGUGGUCAGAAUUAGCAGACAAGGCAGCACACAAACUCGGUCGACCAUUACGCAUCGCAGACAAGCUGAAGAGGUGGUACAAAGAAGCUGGUUUCGUCGAUGUACAUGAGGAGGUUUUUGCUAUCCCCGCCAAUCAAUGGCCAAAAAGCGAUCGCGAGAAAAUGCUUGGCAAGUAUUGUAGCUGGAAUUUGAUGUUGGGUUUGCAAGGAUGGUCGCUUGAAUACUUUGUCACUGGCUUGGGCUGGACACCAGCCGAAGUCGAGGUCUAUCUCGCGCAUGUGAGGAACUCGAUUGUUGACGAGAACGUACAUGCCUAUUACAAUUUCUACGUAGUAUGGGGUCGUAAGCCUUUCGACGACGAACCUGGCAGCACUACACCAAAACCGCACCACUGGCCACAGCCUCCUGGCGAUGACGACUCCAUCCGUUGGUCGAUGAGAGAGUCCGAAGAUGCGUAAUCAGCAGAACGAGGUUUGGCGUUUAGAGACAUGGGAUUCACGGGAGUCAUGGCGUAUUUGCUCCCGCACACACUGAGGAGGUAAUCUCUAUUCAUUUCCAUCUUGCAUAUCAUUGAUGGCGGCUUUUGUCAAACGAAAAGCUUUCGGCAUGUAUUUGAAGCGUUGGUUUACGGGUCAGACUGCGCUCUACGAUGUAUGAGGUUGGUAGUUAUUGGAUGCAAGGCGUAUCGUAUCAGUCACAUGCAGGCAUUAAUCAUUACAAAGCUGUCACACUACAAGUACAC